AGAAUUUGUUCAUUAAGAAUUUGUUCAUUAAGAAUUUGUUCAUUUUCAUCUCUCUACUUUCCCAAAAAGCACUAGAUGUCAUCCCUGUACUCCCCUUAUUUUGUCUAUUGUCAUCCUUUUAUUGACGGCGUUGUUUUAGCCGUCUAUUUGGACCGUUUAAUCCACAAACGGCAACUCCGUCAGAAAAAGGAUGACAACGAACAAAAUAAUUGGAGUACAGGACGACACUUGGUGCUUUUGGUGAAGUAGAGGGAUGACAAUGAACAAAUCCUUAGUAGAGGGAUGGACAUGAAUAAAAGUCAAAAGUAGAGGGAUGAUGGUUGGCUUUAACCCUAUAUUUUUCCGAAAACUAAUUUAAACGGAGUCGUUUGGUUCAUAAACCCAAAAAUAAGUU